CACUCACUCCGGCGCUCGUGUUAUCGCCAGCAUCGUUUGCCUUCCCAUUGUUAUGGCGCAUGUGCUACGGCGUUGAAGGAGGGAAGCUUAAGCAUUGAGUAUUUCUCAGUUACACACCACAGCUGUGAGCGAACAGCAACAGCGUGGAUAUACGAGUAUAUAUUCUGCCUCACAUUUUGACUGGGCCAAACUUGAUUUCGCCUUGAGUGUGGCGUCGCCGUAGUGUGGCCUUCUUUUCAGCCAUGCCGUAAUCGGAUUCACACCCCAUUUUGUCUUUACACGCGGGGAAUUAUGUUUGGACGAUUUGUCAACUUCCUCAACACUGUCGCCGAGAACCCGGAAAAUGUGGGAAAUUUCAACGCGCCCCGCACAGGCCCACAUAUUCCGCCUUCGCAACCGCCAUCCCGCGGCUCCACGGCGGGAUUCGGGCUGAACAACGUGAAACCGGCGGGACAGGGUCCGGGUCUGUCGGCCGGUGGAUUGUUCGGCGGAUUGCAGGACAUGGUCAACGCCAGCAAUAUCAACAACGUGAUCAACGCGGGCAAACAGCAGCUCAGCGGAUUAUCCAUGCCGCCACACCCGCCACCGCCACAACACCCGCAACAGCCGCUGUUCCGAUCCGGGAAUGCGAAUGUGAGUAAUGCCAGCGCGCCGGCAUCCCGGCGCACAUCCGUGUCAGCUGCGCCGCCGCCGCCAGCAGCCCUGGUGGGCGCGGGGGAUGUGGAUAUGAGCGGUCUGACGGAGGAGGAAAAACGACAAAUUGCCGCCGUCAUGCAGCGCGCCAACCAAAUGGCCGCCGAUGAACCACCACCUGCGCCGCUCCCGCCGCAACCACAUCCGCCAACGGCCACGCCCAUGUUUAGGCCACCGGCAUUUUCCGCUUUGGCUAAAAUCCCAUUGUCUCCGGCGCCGACCCAACCGGUUGCCAUGACGUCACAACGCCCGCCAGUGUCGGCGGCUAACAAUUUUAUGCCGGCAUCGAGUGGAGCGGCGGCUUCGAUCAGCGGAUGGAAUUUCAAUACAAUACCGGCAACAACCGCCUCCGCACCGGCAAAGUCAGUUCCGGCUGAUCCCUUUCAGAGUUUGCGGAUGCCGGAAAAGGUCACCACCCCGCCCGCACCCACACCGGUGGCGCCGGUGCAACCGGCCAGAAUGCUCCCGGUACCGCCGGUACAAAGUGGACCACCGGCGGCCGCUGACUUCAGCCUACGAACUGCUCACAUAAUGCAGCAAAAUGCAUUUGAUAAGGACAUAAAAACCCGCGCCUUCCGCCAAGACAGGCAAGAUCGUUCGUUAUCAUCGGAGGGCUCCAUCACCUCCCAGGACUCCUUCAUGUCGGCCGACAGUUUCGGUGCCCCACCGUCAACCGCAGCGGCCAUCGCGCCCCUCAAAACCUCCUCCGCCCAAUCGGAAAAAUGCCCCAUUUGCCAGGAGACCGACCUGAAGAUCGUGGUCGUCCACGGGAAACCCCAGCCGCUCAUCGGCCAGCUGUGCGCCCGUUGCGCCUUAAUCGUGUGCUCCAAAUGCGGAAAGGUCAAGAAGGACUCCCAAAACAAGAAAGCCUUUUGGAUGUGCGCUCAGUGUGCCGAUAUCCCCUGGGAACCCUCCGACCUCCGGGAACCGGACCCCCCGCGGCCGGUGGACACCCCGCCGGCCGUGUACAUUGCGCCCCUGACCCAUCUGGUCACCGCCGACAACAAAGUCUGCUCGGAAGCUGUACGCACCUCCCCGUCCUCGUUCCACGACGAACCCGAGUACAUGCUUCCGGGGCACGACGACACCCUCCCCGAACCCCCGCCCGACCUGUACCCACCGGGCGACUGGGACGAUGUUCCGACGAAAGCCUACCCCAAAUUCGAUCUGAAAAAUCUGGACGGGAAUUCCUACCAGCCGUCGCUGUUCCACCGCCUCCCGGAUGAUCCCAUGGCGCUGUCCCCGGGAGACGACGGGGAGGAGCUGCCGUCUCCGGAGCCCGGAGAAUUCUAUCCCAACGACGACGUCCACACGGUGGCGUCGCCCAAGGGGUUCCCGCUACUACACCAGGAGCCGGUGACCUCCUGA